AAAAACACGGCAGGACGCUGGGUUCAAAGGUUGUGGAGCAAAUCAAAGAUUACAGUCAGACGUUUCCUCAAUAUAACUGGAGUAGAAGCGGAUUUACUCUCAUCAGCAAACUACAAUAUCUCAGAGGACGUUUUCAACUGGUGGAAGCGCUUACAGCGUGCAAAGGGCAACUUCAGUACCUUCAGAGGAAAAGUGGACAGGCUGUUUCUGAUGGUCCCACCCAGUCCAGAUGUUCUAGAAUCCAGCCCUGACCGCUGCAGGACUUGUGCUGUGGUGGGGAAUUCUGGUAAUUUGAGGAGAUCACAUUAUGGACCUCUCCUAGAUUUCCACAAUGUCAUCAUAAGAGUGAACGCUGGUCAAAUCAAAGGCUUUGAAGCAGAUGUUGGGACCAGAACAACUCAUCGUUUCAUGUAUCCAGAGAGUUCUGUGGAUUUAGAUAACACCACUCAUCUUGUGCUGGCUCCAUUUAAGAUGGUUGACUUUGACUGGCUCACAGGAGCCCUCACCACAGGAUUUAAGUCAAUACCACGUUGGGGUGUAAGAUCAAAAAUCAAAGCUAACAAGGAUUUGGUGAUGGUCCUUAAUCCAGCUUUUAUGAGGUAUGUUCAUGACAGGUGGCUGGAAAAGAAAGGUUAUUACCCCUCCACUGGCUUUCUGGCUUUGGUUCUUGCCCUGCAUAUGUGUGACGAGGUCAGUGUGUUUGGUUAUGGAGCAGACAGUGAUGGAAACUGGAGUCAUUACUGGGAAAAACUCAUGAACAAAGACUUAAAAACUGGGCCACAUCCUGGAGAUACAGAGUAUAGAAUGAUCCAGGAGCUAGAUGAGCAACAGAAACUCAAGUUAUAUACAGGGUUCUGAUGUUUCUCUCAUCAUUUAAAGGAAGGUUAGUAGUAGGUAACUGUAGAAGAACAUGAUGGGCUGCAUUUUUUCCAAGGUUAAGACGGUUAAGAUAUUAAUCUUUGUGUUUUUGCACGUGUAUGUAAAUCUCCUGGGUUUGCUAGGCAGAUGCUACUUCUGAAUGAUUAUUUGCAUGUGUUAAUGACUGGAAGACACACUAUACAACUACAGUAUGUGUUUACACUAUAUAUAGCUAACUAGUGUAGAAUGCACAAGUUAUGAUUGUGACAAGUAGUAUUAA